UCUCUUGUCACCUACAAAAAUCCCCUGUACACUAGUAGUCUACCAACCCAUCCCUUCUCUUCUAUUCCAUAUUUCAUAGCUAGCUACUUGAAAACUCAUCAGUAUAUUAGUUUCUACCAUUUUUUUAUUUCAUGGCUUCAAGCUCUCUCAAAAAACAUGACUCUAACAGCUGCUGGACACCAAAGCAGAACAAGUUGUUUGAGAGGGCUCUGGCCCUUUACGACAAGGAUACCCCAGAACGGUGGCAAAAUGUGGCCAAGGCUGUUGGCGGGAAUAAAACAGCUGAGGAAGUGAAGAGACACUAUGAUAUCCUACUUGAGGAUCUCCGGCAAAUUGAGUCCGGCCGGGUUCCUCUUCCCAACUACAAGUCCCUCGUAAUCACCACUACAAAUGUCGAUGAGGAAGAAAGGCUUCUGAAGUAUCUUAAGCUGCAGUAGUAAACUUCAAGUCAGUGCACCUUUUGAUGGUAAUUAGGUGGAAAAUUACCUAUCAGCAGAGAAAAGAAAAUCUGCGUCUUUCCCAUCAGAAAAGAGAAGAAAAGUGCGUCUUUUAUCUCUCUCAGUCCCUCCCUAUUUACUGUAAUUCAUGAUAUGGUCGUAAGUUUCUACUUGUUCCCCUUCCAAUAAUAUAUAUCAUCCACUGUAUUCCGGAGAAAA